UAUAUCCAAGGAAAGGAAAGCUUUUCUUCAUCGUCUCUCUUUAAAAAAACCCAACAUUUUAAAAAAGAAACACAAGAAAUUCUUGCUCUCCACUGACGUCUGGGCUCUGUGAGUUGUGGGUGCGAUUAGAGAAAUCGAAGAAGAUUGCGAUUAAGAUUAGGGUUUUAAGCGAAAGCUAGAGAGGUAAACAUGAAGACGACGAAGGGAGGUAAGGUGAUGAAUCCUACGGAUGCUUAUCGAAAGGAGCUUCGCAAAAAGGAAUUAAAAAGGAAUAAGAAAGAAAGAAAGAAGGUGAGGGAGGUGGGAAUUUUGAAGAAGGACCCUGAAUCACUAAAGGAGCAGAUUGACAAGUUGAAUAUGAUGAAGGCUGAUGGUGCUCUGGACAAGGCAAGGAAACACAAGAAGAGACAGCUAGAGGACACACUGAACCUUGUUCUAAAGAAGAGGAAGGAAUAUGAAGAGAAAAUGAAGGAGAAGGGUGAGGCCCCAGUGAUGUUCAGUCAUUUGGGACCUCCUCGAAGACGAACAACUGCAGAAGAGGAAGAGAGAGUCAAGAACCCUACGCCUGAAGAUUCUGUUUACUACCACCCAACCCUUAAUCCUACUGGGGCCCCUCCCCCUGGAAAACCUCCAAUGUAUAAAUCAUCAAUAGGCCCUAGAAUUCCUUUAUCUGAUGCUUCAACCAGUGGGGCUGCAUCAUCAUCACAAACAGAUUUAGAUGAAGGUGCUUUGCCUGCACCUCCUCCACCUCCUCCUCUUCCAGAUGCUGCUAACAAUGGUUCUGGUGAUGGCUAUGUUUUGCCCGAGUCUUUGCCAUUACCUCCUCCACCUCCAUUGCCACCGUUGCCUGCAGGAACAAACAUGUCAUUACCUCCACUACCUUUUCCACCCCCACCUCCAGGGCCCCCACCUAGAGAACAAAUUGCAAGUCGCCCUCCACUUCCCCCUCCUCCGCCUCUUCAACAGUCCACACAGCCUCCUCCACCUGGUACUGCUGGAAAUGAAAGGGAGAGAAAUCAACCUCUGUCUGAUGAACCUACGUCCAAGGAGGUUAUGCAGGUGCAUAAUCUACUUCCUCCACCUCCCCCUCUGCCUGGGAUGCCUCCCAAGUCUGCAAGUAAUCUUUCUGAAGGUCCAGCAUCCGACGCUGAAAGCAAUAAUCCUUCGCUGGCCAAGGAUCUUUUAAAAAUUCCACCCCCACCUCCACCUAGGCAACAUUCUGCUGUGCCUGGACCCACCAUGAUCUCAACUUUAUCGCCUGAUGUAUUACCCCCUGGAAUAUCACGUUUCCCUCCACCACCACCUCCCCCAGAUAUGCGGCCGCCAAUGGCUGCCCCUGGACUUACAAACCGGCCAACUCCCCCAGGAAUGAUGGCCCCUCUUAUCAGCAGGCCACCAUACGGUCCUCCUCCUGGUCCUCCAAUGAUGAGGCCGCCCCUUCCACCUGGUCCUCCUCCCUCCUUUCAGGAUGAUGAUCAUGUUUUUAACAGGCCUACUGUACCCCAGAAGCCAUCAUAUAUCAAAUCUGCAGCACCUACUGUUGUUAAGAGACCGCUAGCUCAGCACACACCAGAACUCACAUCCAUGGUUCCUGCAUCUGUUCGAGUAAGAAGAGAGAUGACUGCCCCCAAAACAAAACCUAAACAAUCACUAUCGACCACGGUGGGAGCCUCAAAACCAGCAGCAUCCUUUGUGAAGACAGAUGCAACAAAUUCAUCAUCAGCUCCAAAGCCACAGAGCAUUGAUGACUCAUAUAUGGCUUUCCUGGAGGACAUGAAGGCACUUGGUGCACUUGAAAGUUAGAUAAUGGGUAGUUUGAUUGGAGGCGGAGGGGUCAUGCUCUUAAAGAGGAAAGAAAGAUGUUAAUUGUUUGCUAGUGGAACAGGGGAUUGACCGAAGAUAUUUAUUAGUGUCGAUACCUUAAUUUCUCUGGCCGUUGUAUUUGGAAACUUUUCUUGUACUAGGGUCUAGUUUACAAUGACAACAUUUUAAACUAACUCAAUUAAUGAAUCAUGAGAUAAGUGUAACUUAUGCCAUUGCUCAUGUUCUCCUGUAGAUCUGUCAGAAAAGUUGGAGAUGUACAUUGGAAGAGAUUUAUGAAAUUGUACUCGUCUUUUCUCGUUUUUCUA